GCGGGGCCCCGGAUUGGCGGCCGGGCCCCGUUACGCAGUUGCCUGGCGCUCACAUACAGGGGUAGGGCACUAGAAAGGUGAUCAAUCUUCAUCAGGCUACAAUUCCAAUCACCUAAACUACCGAGCGAGACAAGCCGCUUCGACAAGGUCCCGGAGGCCCGAGCCGCGUCCAUGCGCCCCCCUCACCUGGCCGCCGGUCCCAGGAGCUGAGCUCAGCGCCUCCGGGCCCGAUCGAGCGUCGCCGGCCCCUCCCGCCCCGGACCUCGCCGUGGGAGCCCGCGCCGUGGGAGGCCGGUCCCCCCUGGAUCCUUUGGGGCGCCCGCACCCGCCUGUUGUUAGCAUGAUGUCUUACCUCAAACAGCCCCCCUACGGCAUGAACGGGCUGGGGCUGGCCGGGCCCGCCAUGGACCUGCUGCACCCCUCGGUGGGCUACCCGGCCACCCCUCGGAAGCAGCGGCGGGAACGCACCACCUUCACCCGCUCGCAGCUGGACGUCCUGGAGGCGCUCUUCGCCAAGACGCGCUAUCCGGACAUCUUCAUGAGGGAAGAGGUGGCGCUCAAAAUCAACCUGCCCGAGUCCAGAGUCCAGGUCUGGUUCAAGAACCGGCGGGCCAAAUGCCGCCAGCAGCAGCAGAGCGGGAGCGGGGCCAAGAGCCGGCCGGCCAAGAAGAAGUCCUCCCCGGCGCGGGAGAGCUCGGGCUCCGAGAGCAGCGGCCAGUUCACGCCCCCGGCCGUGUCCAGCUCGGCCUCGUCGUCCAGCUCGGGCUCCGCGAAUUCGGGGAGCGCGGCGGGGGCGGCGGGUCUGGGUGGGAAUCCGGCGGCCGCGGCGGCGGCGGCGGCGGCGGCGGCGGCGGCGGCGGCCGGGCUGGGCGCUUCGGGGGCGUCGUCGAUCUGGAGCCCGGCGUCCAUCUCCCCCGGCUCGGCGCCGCCGUCGUCGGUGUCGGAGCCGCUGUCGGCGCCGGCCAACGCGUCGUGCAUGCAGCGGUCCGGGGCCGCCUCGGUGGCCGCCUCGGUGGCCGCCGCCGCCGCCGCCGCCGCCUCGUCCCCCUACCCCGUGUCCUACGGCCAGGGCGGCGGCUACGGCCAGGGCUACCCGGCGCCGCCCUCCUCCUCCUACUUCGGCGGCGUGGACUGCGGCUCCUACCUGGCGCCCAUGCACUCCCACCAUCACCCGCACCAGCUCAGCCCCAUGGCCCCCUCGUCCAUGUCGGCCCACCCGCACCCGCACCCGCCCCCGCCCCCGCCCCACCACCCGCUGAGCCAGUCCUCCGGCCACCACCAUCACCAUCAUCACCACCACCACCACCAGGGCUACGGGGCCGCCGCCGCCGCCGCCGCCCUCCCCUUCAACUCCUCCGACUGCCUGGAUUACAAGGAGCCCGGGGCCGCGGCCGCCGCCGCCGCCGCCGCCGCCGCCGCCUGGAAACUCAACUUCAACUCCCCCGACUGUCUGGACUACAAGGACCAGGCCUCCUGGAGGUUCCAGGUCUUGUGAGAGAGAGAGAGAACGAGAGAGAGAGAGAGAGAGGAGACGCAGAGGGACAACCAGCGGACCGGCGGGAGGAGAAGCGAAAGAAAAUUCCUGCCACACUCUACCACCACCUCUUUUCCCCCCUUCCUGCUGCUGCUGCUGCUGCUGCUGCUGCUGCUGCUGCUGCUGCUGCUGCUGCUGCUGCUGCUGCACCACCAUCGCCACCACCUCCUCUUCCUCUAUUCUCUCCAGGACUGAUGAGAAUGGUUCCAAAAAUGACCCCGGAUCCUCACCCUCCUCCCCAAGUCCCCUAGACUCUCAUUGCACAACCGUGCGCAUCUACAUAUGUGUGUGUGUGUGUGUAUAUAUAUGUAUGUAUAUAUGCAUAUACAGAGAGAGGAGCUGCCUCGGAGGGAUGUCCCGGCGCAAGCUCUUGCGAGGAGGGAGCCUGUCCCCGCCUCACUCACCUGUUACCUGCCGGGCAGGAGCUGUGAUGGCCGCCACCCCGCUCCCCCCCGUCUCCCCUUCACCGUCACGAGCGCUCGCAGGGGAGAGCGGCCCUGAAUGUUUGCCAGUUUAUUUAUUCUCUCCGGACACUGGGAUUACUUACUCCUUGUGGGGUUGCUACGGAACGAAGAGGACUCGACACAACUUCAUCCAAAAAAAAGGAAAAAAAAAAAGCGAUGUAGAGUGGACCCGGACUGCCUCGGCCUCUCCCCCCCCUACACCCCCGGCUUCAACCUCCCCCUCCCCCGGCUCCUGCUCCGGCCGGGCUACAGGCGUCUGUCUGCCCUUUCGUUGCGGUCCUUUCCUUGGGAGCCGGGCGUCCGGACACCCAGGGGCUGCCGCUGUCCGGCCGCUGGACCUCGCCAGGGUGUCCAGCUCCGGGCCUCGUCUCUUUAGCCCCCGUAGAAUUCGCCUAGGCUUCUGCCGCAGGGAAGCGGCGGGAAUGAUGUAAAUAUUCAGGUCCGUUCCAGGGACCAUUUAUCGUUUCUAGUUGAUGGAUUGGAUUGAGAGGAUCUCGAGUCUAACGCACGGGAAGCAAACCGUAAAAAAAAAAAUAUCUAUAAACUCGACAACAAAAACGAUUUCUCUGCCCCUUCCCCCAAGUGGUAGCGCUUUCCGGUCUCCAGUAAUUACAAAACGACCACUUCUUUUUUCCCCCACCUUCCAUCCCCGUGUAUUUAUUAAAAAAAAAAUCAAUCGGUUUUAGGGAAGCAGGGUAGUGAGAACGGGCGGUACGGUGUGGUGUCAGGGGGGAAAAGAACCAUCAAGGGCAGGGGAAGGAAAUUAGUCUGGAAAGCAGAGAGGGACAGGAAAGUGGAAUGGAUCGGAUCAGGCUGGCGGGGGCUUUUCAGACCAAAAAGAAAACUCAAAACCAAAAAAAAAAAAGUAAACGGAAAAAAAAACCCCAACCCAACCACGAACAUCUAGAACCCAGCCUUCAGCUCCACUUCCUAUCUUUUUUUUUUUUAAGAAACCUGUUUGUCUAGUGAGUUUUUAGUGCACCUUCAUUUUCCAACACCUAGCCGAGAGCUCUCGCGCCUCUGUGUAUCAAUGAUGGUUUUGGCCGCUUUGUCCCGUAGGUGGAAAAUAAAUUUUGUAAAUUUGAUUUGUCCGACGUGAAGAUCACAAAUUACUCGUUGAAAUGUAAGGCAGUUUCCUUUCCCUUCUCUCUCCCCCCCCCCCUUAUCUACACUAUCCCCCCAGUAAUAAAAAUUCAAACUAAUGAA